CUCGCGCGCAGCCACCGUUGGAUCAAAACCAGCCCAUCACCCACUCAAGCUCCUCAGCGGCUCGUUUCUCCACCGUGCGUCACCAGGCUUGUCUCACGUCCCACCAGAUCGCCUCCCUAUCUCUCGCUUUUUGCUCGCCAUUCACUCGCCUUUCGCUCGUACUUCGCUCGCCAAUCCGUUUCGCCAAUCGCUCCUGUAUCGAGUCUUCCCCGAUGGCGGCUCGCUCCAGCUCUCGCCUCCUCGUGCACGCCGGCAGGGCGCUGACCGCAAGGCUCUCCCCUGCUGCGCCUGCAUCCGCGCUUCUGGCGGAAAACCUCUCCCGCGGGUUCGCUACUGGCGCCCCCGCCGCUGAGGAGGAUGUGGUGAAGGCGGCUUUCAUCAAGCAGCAGGCGUCCUUCAGGUCGUACCUGGAAGGUCUCAAGAAGGUUCCCAUCCCCCUGGACGCUCUUGACGACAAGGCCACCAAGACGUAUGCUGCUGCUGUCAAGAACAUCCGCGAGAGCCUGGGCAUCCCCUCCUUUUCGGAGAAGCUCACCAACCUGCUGGAGUCAGCAGAGGAGGAUUCGCGGGACGUGCGCAGCUUCCUGGAAGAGUCCCGCAUCAUCCGCAGGCAGCUGGGAGUGGAGGACAAGCUAGGAGCCGAGAAGCUGAUGUUUGCGGCGCUGGACAGUGUGGAGAAGAAGCUCGGGAAGGCGCUGGUGGGGGAUGACGUGAAGGGCAUGGCGCUGCUGCAGGAGGAGGUCAACGCCAUCAACAAGAAGUUGGGGCUGAAGGAUGGCGAGCUGGAGGCGCUGGAGCAGCAGCUGGAGACGAGCAUGGCCAAGACAGACAUUGCAGCCUUUGCUAGUGAAGCUACCGAGAAGAUUGGCACGUACAAGAAGAGGGAUGGUCUGGAGGGCGUGGAGGUGGAUCUCAAGGCCCUGGACCCCAAGGCCUACAUGUGAUGUGGGGGAGGCGAAAGCUCGUGCCUGGAUGGAAGCGAACGCGUAAUGCAUGCCCUCACGCACGCACCACAUCAUACCAACCAACCAUUCACAACCUCACCAUGCACGAGCAAUGGCUAUGUGCAUAGUUUCUCAAUCUGGCACAAAUCAAUAGCCGCAGGAAUGUAUUGUGUAAUUGAGCUCUAUUUUCAUUCAUCUUAAUAUAAUCUCAUAUCUCUCACCUCUUCACUCGAGUUCUCUAGAUUUCGUGCGUUUCAAAUAUAUUAUGUGAGACUAG